AUGUCAGGUGUUAUAAGCGUGGUGAAAAGGCAUGGUGAUUUCCAAUAUUCUGUGGAUAGUACGAAUAUUCAAAAUGACGAAGAUGAAGAUAUUUCCAUGUCCGAUGUCGAUAUCGCUGAUAGAAAAUUAUCAAAAGAUAAUGAUAAUGAAUCAGGGCUCCAAAUUGUUACUCCCGGUGAAUUAGUUACAGAUGAUCCAAUCUGGAUGAGAGGGCAUGGGACAUACUUUUUAGAUAAUAUGACAUAUUCUUCUGUCGCAGGGGCAGUUUCUAGAGUUAAUAGAUUGUUAUCGGUUAUUCCUUUAAAAAGUCGUUAUUCUCCAGAGACAGGUGAUCAUAUUGUUGGUAGAGUUGCAGAGGUCGGGAAUAAGAGAUGGAGAGUUGAUAUUGGUGGGAAACAACAUGCAAUCCUAAUGUUAGGGUCCGUCAAUUUACCUGGUGGGAUAUUACGAAGAAAAUCUGAAAGUGAUGAAUUACAAAUGAGAAGUUUCUUGAAAGAAGGUGAUUUACUAAAUGCAGAAGUCCAAUCUCUUUUCCAAGACGGUAGUGCAUCCUUACAUACUAGAUCUUUGAAAUACGGUAAAUUAAGAAACGGUAUGUUUUGUCAAGUACCCAGUUCAUUAAUUGUUAGGUCGAAAAAUCAUACACAUAAUCUACCUGGUAAUAUCACUGUAGUAUUGGGUGUGAACGGGUUUAUAUGGUUGAGGAAGACUUCACAGAUGGACUUGGUAAGAGAUGCACCACCAGGUGGUAGUACAGGAGCAACUUCAUCUCAACGGUCUACUGCAGGCCCUACAGGUGCUGUUUCGUUGAAUCCAUCAAUUACACGGUUAGAAGAAGAAUCUUCUUGGCAGAUUUAUUCUGACGAAAAUGAUCCAACUAUUUCAAGUAAUAUAAGGAAAACCAUUUGUCGUUACGCAAAUGUAAUAAAAGCUUUAGCAUUUUGCGAAAUUGGCAUUACCCAAGAACGUGUCAUAAGUGCAUAUGAAGCUAGUAUGGCAUAUCCAAAUGUCGGUUCUUUAAUUGAAAGAGAAACCAUGGAAUCAAUUGGACAUGAUGUGCUCAACGUAGAAAAAAUGAGAGGUAACGCUAAUUAA